CUAGAGGAUGUAUACACACCCAACUGGUUUGCAUACGAGGCGAUGAGUUUCAUGUGCGACUCUGUGGAUGUAGCGGAAACAUUGGACACGAUUAAUCCGACAUCUUCCAUUGGCUAUGGCUGUUCUAGUCGCAGUUUGCCAAAACCUGCCGUUGCUGGAGCUUCGAAACCCCAUCCCCAUACUGAUCCUCAUCAAAGCCUCAUCCAACAACCUAAUCAUCCUAUAUUAAAUUUUUCUCCUCACAACGAACCACCGUCCUUGAUUCCUGAACCAUCUAACACCAUACAGAGCAAUGAUCAUAUCAUAAUUGAAAAUUAUAGUAUUACUGGCAAUCUUUCCCCAUCAUCUAUCCCAGGACCUUCCUCUCUUAUUCCAAACUUUCCAGCUUCAAACAUCCCGAUUCCGCCAACAUCCAAUAACCCUGACAACGAUUCAUACCUUCAGCAACCUUCAAACAACCCGAUUCCGCCAACUAUUAACAACGAAACAUAAACAGUUGACCCCAGAACCCAGCGGCAAAGGAAAAAAGAAAAUGACGCGGAAAUCAUGGCUGCACUGAAAACGUUGGUUGAAGUGACUAACGAGCAUUUGGGAAAUUCUACUUCGAGCAUCGCCGUUACUGUGUCGCAGUGGUUGAAUUCGUAUCCGAAAGAAAAGCAAAACUUGGUUACUUCAAAAUUAUUCCAAGCAAUGCACAACAUUGAUGAAGAGAUGCGUAACACUACCUAAUCGUUUAUGAAAACAUGAAUAUAUGUAUAUGAAAUAUAGUGUUAAUUUUUCAUUCCUUCGAUUUCACUAUAGUUUACCUUUAUAUAUUCUUGCAGCGCAGCAAUUAAACAAUCGCAUACCUCAGGUAUAAUUGAUCGGAUAGACGACUGUGAUACCUAAAACAAUUAAAUAUAUGAAAUAAUAUUAAAGUGCAUAUAUAUAAUAUAUCCAUUACAAAAAGCUGCUUUUACCUUG